CAGCCAGAGUUAAUUCUGUGUGGCUGAAGCAGAGGCAGAGCUGUGACAGAGAAAACCCUCACAGCAUGGCUGCUAAGAUCCAGAGCUUGAGUGAAGAAGAGAGGGAGCAUUUCCUUCCUCUACUACGCAAUGCUCAGUGGGUAGAGGUGGUGGGCAGGGAUGCCAUCUACAAGGAGUUCAUUUUCAAAGACUUCAACCAGGCCUUUGGCUUCAUGUCCAGGGUGGCCCUGCAGGCAGAGAAGAUGGACCAUCAUCCAGAGUGGUUUAAUGUGUACAAUAAAGUGCAGAUCACUUUGAGCACACAUGACUGUGGGGGUCUUUCACAGCGAGACGUCACCCUGGCCACCUUCAUUGACCAGGCCUCCGUCCUUUGAGCUGACCACUGUGCACUGGACCCAAUUCAAAUUAUGCUGUUGUUUCAGUGUGAGAUGUAGAGCCUAUACAAGUGAACCUGGAAACCCUAACUCUCUCUGAUGCACACGGACCAAGACAUCAUGUCCAGCUGCCAAACAAAACAGGACAGAUACAGUUGAUAAGUGCUGCUUCUGUCCAGGAAACAACGGAGCCCUCAUUCUCUCAUCAAAGACAUUUGAACAUUACUGAGAAAACGUUUGGUUAAUACCAAAGCUUGCCUGCACAUUCAUGAUGUUAUUAGCGGACAAUUUUGAAGGCUUUUGGUUUCUUCUGAACAUUUGAGAUGAGAAAUAUCCCCAACUGAAUCAAAACUGAAAUGUCAAAAAUGACCACAAUUCAGGAGAAGGGGGCACCAAAGAUUUAGUUCAGAAAGAAGGUUUAGAAAUAUCUAAUAAAUCACUAACAUGGUUUGGGUAGCUUUUAAUAGAUGGCAUAACUUACACAACUUUUUUUUCUUUGAAUGCAGUUUGGAGAAGUAGCCCAGAACUGAAUUUUUCUUGGAAUCAUUCUUACAUUUUGCUUUGUGGAUAGACAGACCCCCUCAUCUAUGGUA